ACAGCUCUUCACUGUACACCACGAGAUGGGGCACAUCCAGUACUACUUGCAGUACAAGGACCAGCCCGUCGGGUUCCGCAGGGGUGCUAACCCUGGUUUUCAUGAAGCCAUCGGGGAUGUUAUGUCCCUUUCUGUUUCAACACCGAAGCAUCUUCACACGAUUAACCUGCUGGAGUCUGCAGAGUCUGACGAAGAAACUGACCUCAACUACCUGUUGAAGAUGGCGCUAGAUAAAAUAGCAUUUCUACCUUUUGGCUACCUCAUUGACCUCUGGAGAUGGAGUGUUUUUAAUGGGAAAACUCCUCCAGAGCAGUACAAUUCUGAGUGGUGGUACCUCAGAACAAAAUAUCAGGGAAUUUGCCCGCCCACCAAACGGACAGAGGAGCACUUUGAUCCUGGGGCAAAGUACCACAUUCCCGGAAACACGCCAUACAUCAGGUAUUUUGUCAGCUUCAUCCUCCAAUUCCAAUUCCACGAGAAGCUGUGCGAGGCAGCCAAGCACACCGGUCCUUUGCAUACAUGUGACAUCUACCGCUCUGCAGAAGCGGGAGAGAUUCUGAGAAAAGUCCUCCAAGCCGGCUCCUCCAAACCAUGGCCUGAAGUUCUUCAGGAU